GCUUAGAAGAAUUUACUGAAUCUGCUAUUUUUCUUCAUUAAAAAGACAUCCAUUAAUACUUGAUAUUGGAGUUUACAAGAAGAGCGACAACCAUAAAGUUACCUUAAAAAGUCCCAGCACUAAGAUUUACAAAAGGAAUCAAUAUAAACCUAUUCACAACCUAAAUGUCAUUACCAAACCACCACCCAGAAGGCUUCGAUUCUCAGGAUUCUGUUGAUCUUCCGUCUACACCAACACUUCGACCUUCUACCUCCUUCGAUCCUGAAGAACCAUACACAGUUUCAGAGCCUGCGGGCCUGGCUAGUGUGGAUGCGAAGAUGGAUAGAAAUCUAGUUGAUAGAAAUUCAGAUGACGAGGGCGAGAAUGAGCAAAGAGGACGUUCACAAACACCAAGAGCGAGAACUCUAUCGACUGUCUCGGUCACAACAGAAAUUCCAUCUACUGGAUCCUCUAUACCAAAUCUCACAUCAGCACCCACGCAAUCUCUCGGAAUUCUCCAUCUCGACCCCAACCAAGAACCUGAUAUAUCUCUGAAUCACAUUACAUCUCUCCCUCAAACUGCCAUCCUCAACUAUAUAUCCGCCUACCGUCUUGCACGUCAACGCGCAUUCGAAGAAUACGUUCAUCCGUUACUUUCUCCUCCUCAAGCAGUUGCGCCAGCAUCAGCAUGGCGACCAGGUUCAGGAUUCACUAUUCCACUGAUUCACAUAAAUCGGAUGAAUAGAGGAAAUCAAAAUCGACCUAUUCCUGUAACUAGAGAUCAGCAUAACACUCUUAGAUCUGGAACAGAACGGGAAAUCUCACCUCAAGCUCGAAUGAUUGUCCCAUCAUCUAUAGCCGAGCUUGAAAAUGAAAGCUCAACAGGAAUAGAUUUGAACAGCCAUCUCCAUGCCCAGAUGCAAGUUCAAAGUGAUCUACUUCGUCAAGCUAGUCCCGACUCAAGUGGAAGAAUGCGCGAUACAUUGACUCAUUUGAUGAUUCGAAGAAUUGAAAACCAAGCGCGGGAACAAGCGAGAGAUGUCGAUGUAGAAGAUUCUACUGUGACUGCCGAUCCAUCGAUAGCUCGUGCUACUGUCUCUGAAGCCAGAGAUUUAAAUUCUGAAAAUAUCACUUCGAGACCACAAGAUCUUGCGCCUAAUCAAGACAAUCCUUUUUUGUCGCCUGCAGGCCGGGCCCUUUUCACUUUUCCGAACGAUGUAGAUUCAUUAGAUGGAGAGCAAAUUAAUGCAGUCACUGCAGGUAGACGAGCUAGAACCGGACCCCCGUCUUUAUCAUUAGAAACCCAAGUUCUCCAAGCCCAUCCUCCACCCAACAUUGAGCCCGCCAAUACAUACUACACGGCCAAUCCACCAACAACAAAUCGAUCGGAUAUCAACCGUAGGAUAACUGAAAUCGGAACCAUGAUUCAAACUAUCCGCGAAAGAUAUCUUUCCGAGCUUGAAGAACGAGGAGAACUAAUGUCUGGACCUCCAGAAGUCCAGGAUCUACUUAAUGACUUCGAGUCACAGAUCGGUAGGAUGAGAGAUCAAAGUCUUGGUACUGCUUUGACCAGACCUGAGACUUUGCGGAAUGAUGGGGGCGGUGUUGCAAUUGAAGAUGUUGGAGCAGAUAUCGAUCUCAGCUUGGGUUUGACCAGACCACUAUCACGACAAAGCGACAUUGAGGUUGAUCAAGAUGAUCAGCCCGUUCUAUCAAUGGCAGAACAGCUCGCAGCCUAUCAAAUAUCAAGGAAUAAUCAAGAUCCCGAGUCUACCCAUACAAAUCGUAACAUCUCACGAGAUAUCUCACCGAGUCAAAAUAGCGAACUCCCCAAUCCAUCUCGAAUCCAAGUCGGAUAUGAGAACGACAUCGAAAACAUCACCACCAGGAUCCAACUCGCCAGAAUUCGAGCCGAGCUACAACUAAUCGAAGUCAGAUUACCCGCUGGGGGCCCCCCACAAAACAGAGAUGUAUCGCCGUAUCAACUACAGAAUACAAAUACUGUCACGCGUGCACCACGCUUGCGGCCAAGUACCAGCUAUGAGGAUCUUCGCUUAGAGCGACAACUCGCUGCGCUUCCUCCUGGGUCUGCGCGAAAUGCGAUUUCCGCUCGCCAACGUAAUUUCUCGCCUGUGGCGCAGCGGGAACGAGACGCUAUCAAUGCCCACCGAAUGGAGAUGCUUCAGAAGCCUGCUACAAGAGUAUUCGACCAUUUCGUAAAAUGGCAGAUGUGCCUCGAGAACGCAGCUACAAGGGUUGAUUCCCGGGUUCCAGAAGAAUGGCGUUCGCGAACGGGAAAAUACACUUUAAUUCCUGCAUUUUCCAGCGCAAAUUACAUCGAAGAUGUAAGUGGAAUUAUCCGAACCGACGACGCGAUCCUGGCUGCGUAUUCGGCGAAUACAUCGUAUGGUUUUCGGGAGAUUUUGAGAUUGGCGAGAGUUGAUGGGUUGUGUGCGAGGGAGGCAUGGCAUUAUGUAUUACUGUGGAAAGAAUAUCUGUCCGAGUCGCCGAUUGAUGAGUAUUACGAGUCGCUUGGGUUUUGUCCCAUGGAUAUUUUCAUGCAUGUCGCAAUCCAGGGACUUGAUCGGGGAUUUGGGGAUUGGGAGAUGAGUGCGAGAUGUAAGCAAGAGUGUAAAAGGUAUCUUGUGACCAGAACGACUUACUAUCCGUUUCCUUCUGCGGAAACGCAGGAUGCGGCAACCGCUUUGGGAGAUGUAACGUCGCGGACACUUCGAGAUUAUUUCGGAUCGGAUAUCAGUCUUCUCGAUGAAGAAUGGGACAUGCUUGCCGCGUUGAAAAGUGAACGGUAUUCUACAGCACGCAUUCUUCACCUAGCCAAAAAUAUCGCGAGGGGAUGUGCCAAGCUCGACACGGUAGAACUCAGACCACCGUAUGACGACGAGUCGAAUAAUGCUCAGCGCAAGGAUAUAUUCCAUAGAUUAAAGUUGGAAGAAACAGCACUUGCAGGCAAAUGCGGGAUAUUGAGUUCACGAGAGCACCAAGCACUUUCAACGGAUGAAAUGGGUGCUGAACGUGCAUUGGUGGAGUAUAUGUUGGAAUGGGAGUUGGUGCCCGAGGAGCGGAAUGGGCUUUUGCAGGCGUUUGAUAGAGGGGCUUCGUUGGAGAGUCUUGUGAGACGGAGACGGGGGUAAGGAGAUGGCGCUGAGUACUGAGAGGUCCCUCGUGCUUUUGGGUUGUAGAGUGAGAUAUGGAAUUCAGGAGCAGAGUGGAAUAUGUUUAUAGAGGAUACUUGAUGUUCAGCAGGUCGAAUGAAAUGUUCGAGUGGCGAUGUGGAAUCAAAACGUUCAUUGGAAUUUGUGAAUUCA